AUGACCACUCCACAACCUGCACCAGCACCUCCGUCUUAUAACGAGGCACUAUCUGCUCCUUCAGCACCUCCACCAACACAAGCAGCUCAGCCGGUACCACAGCCGCAGAUCGUGUACACCCAAGCGGGAGUCGCAUACAACGUGCACCCACAGCCAAUAAUAGUCACGCCACACGUAAUUGUGAUCAAAGAUGCCUACACAUUUCAUCCGUACCCGGAGUACUGCCCAAAAUGUCAGACGAUCGCCACCACUCGUCGAGUCUGGGUCUCAGGUUCGUGUGCUUGCACAGUGCUGAUCCUAUCCUUAUGCAUACCUUUCCUGUGGCCAAUGUUAUUCUUCUUGUGCACACCUGCUUUCAAAGACGCUCAUCAUUACUGCCCGAGAUGUCUUACAUUACUUGCGAUUAGGCGACGAUGA